AUAUGGUCAAACAAUCCCCAUGAUUGACACGGUGUGGGGGAGGCCUCCCAGCCAGUUGCGGAUUUGCAACGGGAUCAUAUUUCUCGUUUCAUGAAGUGCAUGGUACGUAUGAAAGAUUCUACGCAGUUCCUGGCCAGUGGUUGACACUGCAAACGGUAAUCCGCUAAAUGUUCGUAAUAUACAUGACCGAUUCCACAAGUCGGGAACCGCCAACUUUUCUCUAGAGAAAAUUUGGAAUGAAUGCACCAAUUGGCACGCGUGAACGUACAAACCGCACACUGCGUGCUACUGGCCAGUGGGCAGGCACCUGCCAGCACCUACUCCAGUCUAAUUAAGUCUCCGUGUGGUCCAGCCUGUGCUAUAACACGGUAGUUGUGUUCCUGAAGAACACUGCGUUAUGGAAAUAUUGUGUUAUAGGGUAAAGAACAGUCCGCGAUAACGCGUGAAAUGCGUACGCAGGCCGAACAAAGACUGAGGCGCAUGGAUAGCACCUGGGAGCAUCUAGCAGCAUCCCAAAGCCUUGUGUGACGUUACGCCGAGACAGCCGUUCGACCGCUUAUUCCUCAUGCGACGUAGUUCUGUCCGCUCGAUCGCGUUAUAUCCAAUUCGCAUCCGUGUUAUAAAAAAGUGUUCCCAAAUACAUUCGCCGUGUUUUAUCCAAUUCGCGUUAUGAAAACAACACGCGGCGUGGUAGCAGAAUUGACUGGACGUGUUUCAGCUAAAGGUGCAGCCCUGCAAUUGCUCGCUCGUUCCACCGGUGGUGGAAAAAGCCUCCGCUAGACUGACCAGAAGAUGGAAGACGAGAGCAUACCCACAUGUGACCCCCACCAAGUGAAUAACUUGCCAGUUUACUUUAACUGCGGGGUACACAUUGUGCUGCUGCGUGGACAGAAACAGUUCCCUUUCUCGGUUAAAAAGGUAAAAUGUUAUGUUCAUUGUACAUGACAUUGCUACACGUGGGGGAAGUUGGAAACAGUUUUUAUUUGACCGUUUUGUUUUCCACUCGGUCAUAGGCAAUGCAAAUAAAACCGGGUUUGGCAACCCGAAUCGAUACGAACGACACAAGAGUGGGAGCCAAUGCAGAAAACGCGUCUCGGAGGACAUCCACAGCAGAGAUGGAGGGAUGAGCUCGGCUCCCGUGUAAGGGCUAGAGCCUUUGUAAAACACGUUAAUUGUUGCAUCACAAGGCCACGAGGGAUGGCAACUAAAACUACACUUAGUUUAUUUUACCAGGUCAGGCCCCACUGAGCUCAUUUUGAGAAGCGACCUGGCUACAAACGAUAGCUCGACGAAGCGGCUUAUCUGUGUGGACAUUUACAGCGGUCAAAUACAGUACUCAGUAAAUGCACGCUUCUGAACGUGUAAGGAAACCCCAGAGCACCCCGAGAAAAAUCCACGCGACCACGGAGAGACGAAAACUUCAAAUAUACAGCAGGCGUGCAACAACUUUGGGGAGGCCUUCAUCCAGCAGUGGGUAGAUCAGAGCGCAUGCAAUUGACGGUUGCGUGCGAUAUUACGGCUCUCAUUUAAAUGUUUCACAUCCAGCGUUCCAUGUAAGUGAAGUAUAAGCAGAGACUGGGCACCCUAGACGCCUUUACAUCGGUCGCACAAAUCCCUUCUUGCGUCUUGCAGGAAGGGAUUUGGGAAAUGGAACUGCCAGGGCUCCAGCAGCCGCUGUGGCGACAUUCCUGCGGUGACUCCGUCUCCUGCCAGCAGGUGGAGGCAGCCUCAUCAAUUGCAAGUGCGCACGUUAACACAAAUAAUGAGGUAAUGGUAUCACGAGACGCACUUAAGAUGUAAACCAAACACGCGUCCAACGUACAGCGUACGUUGCACUGUAUUUAUAUGCUGUUUAUUUAACUGCGUCAUUGUUUGGUUAGGAACUAAGCUUGUUUUCUCUUUUUAAGAAUCGUCGCCAAUCGGCAAUGAUCGAUCCACUGCUGGAUGAGAGCCUCCCGCCUGCCGUCGCCACCCCCAUGGUUAACGUUUGUUGUGUUUUUUCUCACUCCGAGUCGACUACAGUGAGGUUUGAGCCAUGUCCGAAUGAAUGUUAACAGCAACUGCGUAGAAUCGGGCUGAAAUCUUCGGGUAUUUUACCACCACCACCACCACUACCCAUCAUCAUGAUGAACAAAGGCUGUGUUUCAUUUCUACGGAAGCGUUACAUUCCUCAGGCUAAAGGUAAUGUUAUUGGCGACCGUGGUAAAGUACUAUACUUUAGGCCAAUACUUUCCAUUAAUCCCCAGAGUCCCAGCUUAAACAUUUGGCGUAUAACGAGCCUUGUCCAAUUCCAUGAAUUGCUGCGAUUCGGGCAGGGCUGGAGGGACAUUCACAUUCAUUGUGGCGGUUGUAAUUUAGACGUAAUAUCUACACAAUCAUGUGUCAGGAAAUAUAUCACUAAGAUUACGCACCUACUAACCGUACUAUUUGAAUCUCCGGACGUUUUGGCAGUCAACCGUGAGGAGGUCUCUUGCCAAUCAUGAGAGAAGUACCAUGCCAAUCACGACGUCCCCAUGAUUGGCCGUCGAAACGUCCGCAGACGAAAAUGCUCCAGCUGGAAGGCGCGCCAUCUCUGCGCGAGAUGUCUCACGAUUGUUUGGAUGUUCCAUCACGAUUCAAGCCACAGAUCGAUCGUCGUUUUUCCCUCGCGGUGCCUGUAAGAAUCUAACUGUGGUGUGAAUCUGAAUUCUACUACAGUGAUGUGAAUAUGUAACAUUUAUAAUUGCGUGAAUCUAAAGCUAGUAUAUAGUAGCAUUAACCACUGGAGUCUAUCGGGGGUAUAAGUUUGUCAUCUACAGAGGUGUGAAUCUAUUUUAUGAACAGUGGUUUGUGAAUAUUUAGGCUACAGUCGUGUACAUCUGGAGAGGCCUACGCCUCCUUUGAAAAACAAACACUUUUAAUCGCAAUGGGUACAUAUAUGAGUAUAAACGAAGCAAUCCAUUUUAUCUUCGUUACUAUCGUCAUCGUGAAUAUUAUUAAUCCAGCAUGGUGUGUGUGUGUCGACUCUAUACAGUGGCAUGCAUCCACGGGAAAGCCUGGCGACCAAUAAACGAUAACGUGUAACAGCCACAAACGAACACGAAUCUGCAAUAAUCGACUAAACGUCUUAAGAAUGCAACGAAAAAACCUUGACUUAAAGCUUUCGUGACUGCAGGAAUUCAUAUUCUUUGGGUCUUUCGGUACGUGACUUUACUUUACCGAAAGACCCAAAGAAAAAUACAACGGAGACCCUCACCCCCAUCCAUCAAUCAAUGCACGCCUGGCCACGUGAAUCAACACUGCCCCCCUUGUCAAGUCCCCGCCCACCGAUCAGCUGAUUUCCCCCACGCGCCCCUGGCCACAAGCCCCGCCCCAACACACGCGAUUACAAAUCCUACCACGUUUAAGCAUCGGCGCAAGCCCCACCCCUGAACAGCCGGCGUCCAAUGGCAGCGCGCGGAAGCAGCUUAUCGCGAGUGGGCAAUGCAAAGAGGGGGUGGUGGUUAGCGAGCGCGUUAUAUAUAGCGGGCGGAGCCGCCGUGUUAUUGUUCCCGAGAUGCCUUGCGACGCGUUGAGCUGUCGCUAAGGGCCGCCUCAUUCCCCCCGGCUCCGCCGCCGCCACCACCACCAUAGUGCGCUCGCUGCGAUCGCAAUCCCUCAUGGGCGCGACGAUCCCGCUCACAAAAACAAUAUAAAGUUAGGAAAAUCGGCCGCGCUCCGCCGCGACCGCGGCGACUUUUGUCGCCGACACGAGCGAGCCCUGCGGCGAGGAUGGCGAGCGAUUCUCCGGCGAGGAGUCUGGACGACAUUGAUCUGGCGGCUCUGCGGGAGCCUGCCGGGAUAUUUGAGUUGGUGGAAGUCGUGGGGAAUGGAACGUACGGGCAAGUGUACAAGGGGCGUCAUGUGAAGACAGGACAGCUGGCAGCCAUCAAGGUCAUGGAUGUCACGGAGGACGAGGAGGAGGAGAUAAAGCUGGAGAUCAACAUGCUAAAGAAGUACUCGCACCACCGCAACAUCGCCACCUACUAUGGGGCCUUCAUCAAGAAGAGCCCUCCGGGACACGAUGACCAGCUCUGGCUGGUGAUGGAGUUCUGCGGCGCGGGCUCUGUGACCGACCUGGUGAAGAACACAAAGGGCAACUCUCUCAAGGAGGACUGGAUCGCCUACAUCUGCAGAGAGAUCCUGCGGGGCCUGUCCCACCUGCACGCCCACCGGGUCAUCCACCGUGACAUCAAGGGACAGAACGUGCUGCUCACCGAGAAUGCCGAAGUCAAACUGGUCGAUUUUGGCGUGAGCGCUCAGCUGGACCGCACGGUCGGCCGCAGGAACACGUUCAUCGGGACGCCCUACUGGAUGGCGCCCGAGGUGAUCGCCUGCGACGAGAACCCAGACGCCACCUACGACUACAGAAGCGAUUUGUGGUCCCUCGGAGUCACCGCGAUAGAGAUGGCAGAAGGCGCCCCACCCUUGUGCGACAUGCACCCAAUGAGGGCUCUCUUCCUGAUCCCACGGAACCCGCCGCCCAGGCUCAAAUCCAAGAAGUGGUCCAAGCGAUUCUUGAGUUUCGCGGAGAGCUGCCUGGUGAAGAACUACCUGCAGCGCCUGCCGACCGAGCAGCUGCUGAAGCACCCCUUCAUCCGCGAGCAACCCAACGAGCGGCAGGUCCGCAUCCAGCUCAAGGACCACAUCGACCGCACGCGCAAGAAGCGCGGGGAGAAAGACGAGACGGAGUACGAGUACAGUGGGAGCGAGGAGGAGGACGAGGAGGCGCAAAAUCAGGAAGGAGAGCCGAGCUCGAUCGUGAACGUCGCCGGCGAGUCGACGCUGCGGCGCGACUUCCUGCGCCUGCAGCAGCGCGGAGACGGGCGAGAGGCAGCCGAGGUGCAGCGCCGGCAGCUGGAGAUGCUGGCGCGACAGCAGCAAAGCGAGAACGACGGCCGCAAGCAGCACCUGCUGGCCGAGCGCCAGAAGCGUAUCGAGUACCAGCGGCAGCAGCGGCGGCAGAUGGAGGAGAAGCAGAAGCGGGCACGCGAGCAGUCCCGGCUGCAGGAGAAGGAGCUGCGGAGACGGAACCCGGAACCGGGUUUGGAACACGGCCAGCAGCAGCAGCAGCAGAGGUUGCGCGCGGAUGCGGAGGAGGAGCGGCGGCGGCAGGCGGAGCGCGAGCAGCAGGAUCACAUCCGACAGCAGUUAGAGGAGGAGCACAGGCAGUUAGAGAUGCUACAGCAGCAGCUGCUCCAGGAACAGGCUUUGCUUUUGCGGGAGCACAAGCGCAAGCAGACGGACGAGCCCCCCGAGCUUGAGCAGGAGGAGCGCCAGGCCCAGUUGCUGCAGCAGCAACUCAAACAAGAACAGCGCUAUCUACUGUCCCUGCAGAAGCAGCAGCAAGCAGAGCAGCAGCGCGUUGCCGCUGCCCCCGGGCCCGACAGGCAGAGGCAGCAAGCGGCGGCGGCGGCGGCGCAGUACCACUACUUGGAGGGGAAGAGCUGCCCAGACAAGCCGGCAUGGGCCAAGCAGAGUCCAGACGUGCCGCCGCAGGCAAGGCCAAGUCAGGUGGAGGAUCGCUCGAAGCAGAACCGCAAGAUGCCCGUGGCGGCGGCUGCCGGGGGACAGCGAGCAUCACAGCCGGACGUGUUCGCCGUGGCGGCACCGCAGGGACCAGCAGCGCCGUCCGCCUUCCACAGGGGCCCCGAGUCGCAGCACCAGCAGGUGCAGGUCGCGCACCGCGUGCCGCUGCGGCAGCAGGGCUCUGGCCCCAUGCCACGCUCGCAGUCGGUGCCUGAGGAGGACCUCGUGGCGGCCGCCCCGAGCGCUCCCCCCGUGGCCUCACUCGGCAACGGCGCCGCCCCCGCCGCGGCCAGCCCCCGGCAUCCCGCCGCUCCCGUGGGCCCCGGAGGCCCGGAGCAGUUACUGGCACGGAGCAGAACCGAGUGGGAGGAUCUGACGGCCAAGGUGCCGGUGCGAGCCGGGCUCGUCUCGCCCAAGCUGGGCCGCAGAAACUCGCCCAGCCACCUCCCGGGGCUCACGCCACGCCACGUUCGCCAGGCCAGUGCCGGCAGUGCCUUGGAGGCGAGAGCGGCAGGGAUCGUGCAGCACCAGCAGCCGCACAAGUUCGGCAGCGGUGGCUCGUCCAGCUCCGGAUCCGGAUCGCACUCCGGCUCCAGCACGCCGGGAUCCCGACCGGGGUCGCAGCCGGGUUCACAGCCCGGGUCUCAGCCCGGCUCGCAGCCCGGGUCUCGUGAGCGCAACCAGAGCAGAGGUGCUGCCCUUCAGGUUGAAGCGUCGAGCAACCCUGAACCGUUACCGGUUACUCAAGCGGAGCGACCCGAGUUUACGCGACCGAUGAGACCGCCGAGCUAUACAAAAGCUAUCUCCGAGGUCCUGUCAGACACCGGGCGGGUGGCGCAGAAGUCGACGGAGUACUCCUCGUCGAGCGACGAGUCCGCCGACUCGGACCAGGAGGAGGACGACGAGGAGGAGGAGGACGCAGAGGAGGAGGCGGAGGGCCGGCGACGCGAUGGCACCAUCCCGGUGCACGGCAUGUCGAGACAAAUGCGUCCCACGAACGACACGGACACCUUGGUGGUGCACGACGAGACGGGGCUCCCCUCGCAGGACCCCUCCGGCGACGGCACUCUGAUCGUUCACGAGAACGAGAAGAAGCGCGUGGUGCACGCCGACAGCAACGGCAUGGCCGGCCGCAGCGGGGCCCUGCCAGACCUCCUCCCGCAGAACCCCAGCGCUCAGGGCCCCCACGGCCCCCACUCGGCGGCGUUCAAGGCCGUGCCCUACCCCCCCGGCUCGGAGGAGGAGGAGUUCCUGCAGGUGGGCGUCUCCCGCAUGCCGCAGAAGAACAUCUCCACCUCGUCGUUCACGUCGUACGUGCUGCCCAGCAACGGCGCCUUUCAGCCCUCGCCCUCAAACCUCUCCUCCAUCUCCGCCGCAUCCCAGGCAUCGCAGAUAAACGCGGCUCAGAGAGAGCGGCGUAAGGGCUCCAUGGUGAACGUGAACCCGACCAACACGAGGCCGCACAGCGACGCGCCCGAGAUCCGCAAGUACAAGAAGCGCUUCAACUCGGAGAUCCUGUGCGCCGCGCUCUGGGGCGUGAACCUGCUGGUGGGCACGGAGAACGGACUGCUGCUGUUGGACCGCAGCGGGCAGGGCAAGGUCUACCCGCUCAUCAGCCGCCGCCGCUUCCACCAGAUGGACGUGCUGGAGGGGCUCAACAUCCUCGUCACCAUCUCCGGCAAGAAGAACAAGCUGCGAGUCUACUACCUGUCGUGGCUGCGCAACAAGAUCUUGCACAACGACCCCGAGGUGGAGAAGAAGCAGGGGUGGACCACCGUCGGUGACCUGGAGAGCUGUGUGCACUACAAAGUCGUGAAAUACGAGCGAAUCCGCUUCCUGGUGAUUGCGCUCAAGACCUCUGUGGAGGUGUACGCCUGGGCCCCCAAGCCCUACCACAAGUUCAUGGCUUUCAAGUCGUUCUGCGAUCUGGCACACAAGCCGCAGCUGGUGGACCUCACCGUCGAGGAGUCGCAGCGGCUCAAGGUGAUCUAUGGCUCCAACGCCGGCUUCCACGCCAUCGACGUCGACACGGGAAACUUCUACAACGUCUACCUCCCCACGCACAUCCAGGGGAACGUGAUUCCGUACUCCGUCAUCGUGCUGCCCAACACUGACGGCAUGGAGCUGCUGCUGUGCUACGAGGACGAGGGCGUCUACGUGAACACCUACGGGCGCAUCACCAAGGACGUGGUGCUGCAGUGGGGAGAGAUGCCCACCUCCGUCGCCUACAUUCGGUCGAACCAGAUCAUGGGCUGGGGCGAGAAGGCCAUCGAGAUCCGCGCGGUGGAGACGGGCCACCUCGACGGCGUCUUCAUGCACAAGCGUGCGCAGAGACUCAAGUUCCUGUGCGAGAGGAACGACAAGGUGUUCUUCGCGUCGGUGCGAUCUGGCGGGACCAGCCAGGUCUACUUCAUGACCCUCAACCGGAGUUCCAUAAUGAAUUGGUAGCCCUUGGACACUUGCCAGGUUUUAUGGGAUGUGUCCAGGGGGUGAUAUAUCAGCGAGGAUUUUUUUUUUCUUUUCUCACCGAAAAUUAAAUAAAAGUGCAGCGGCACUUUUGAUCCAUGCACCCCCCUCCCCCCGAACCAAUCCCUCUUAAGAUCAUCCGGUCACGAAGAGGGGGGAGUGAGAACGGUUUAAUCAACGACGGUUGGAUGCAGGAGGUAAAGACACUUCAGUGGCGUCGCCGCUAUUGCGCUUAUCUCCCCGCGAUAGAAUGCGGGAAUGAACCUGUGCACAUGCAUGCACGGAGCGCGACAACCCCGCAGCUGCGGUAACUUUUAAGAGUCGGGAUUGUGAGUUUUUACAAAUCGAUGUGCUCGGCCACGCUUUGCACACGAACCCCAAUGGCUCUGAUGCGCCCAGAUGUCUUAGCAGGGGUGUUUUUUUAAAGUAAUUUUUUUGUUAUCAUAUAGCCUACACCAUUUCUUUCAUGGAUUCUUUUUUUUUCCCCCCAUCCCUCUAAAUCUUGUCUUCGGAGCGAGUGGGAAUUUCGGCCGUCACAUUGUGGUUGUAGAAGCGCCGUUAACACCGUAGCAGAUUACUUUAUUUUUUCAUGUAUGCGCUCACUUCCUGAAAAAACGAAGGAAUUGGUCCAUGACAGGUUUUAGAAGGCUGAAACUUCGUGCUUCUGCCAUAGGGGUUUGCAAGUGUAGCUAUAAUUAGGGAUGUUUUGUAUUCAACAGAAUAUUUUGCUUAUUUUUUGCACAUGUGGCAAUAAGAGAUGUUAUAUUUGUGUGAAAUGGUAAUGACUAACAAUGGUGUGGACUGGGAGUGGCUAACUAUGGACAGUCAUAAUGCAACAAUGUUGUUGGAACUCAACCAUUAAUUAUCCGCACCUUGCAUUAAAAAAGCCCUGGCCCUAGUAUAUAAAUAUUAACACAUGAAUAAAAGACGCAAUCUCAGCCGGUAAUAGUUGAAUUUAUUGGACAUUGAUAUAAAGGUUUUUCGAUCAUAGAAAAAUGUAUUGCAGCAAAAUAGUCUAGAAAGCAGCCGAGGCGACGGACAUUUCCAAUAAUAUUUUUUGGAAAAUCAAGUCCCAUAUCCUUUAUCUCAUUCACAAAGUCUCAACGCCCUCUUUGCUGAGAAACGUUAAGGGAAAGAAUCGGCGAAUUCUCAGACCAAGUCUUGAUUGAGUGACUGCAUCAAAUGGAUGAACGUACCUUCUGCGGCUGAACAUCCCUUCUGGGGGACAGUGCACACUCGUUUGAUACGCACCCCCCCCCACCGCACGCUCUUAUCCAGCCACGAUUGAUAGCAGCGCAUGAGCAGGACUUCACCGAAGAUGUCUACGGAUCGAUUGCAAAGCAAAAGCUGGUCCUAAGCGAUUGUAGGAUCUUGUCAUUGUGAGGAUGAAAUGAAUAUCCCUAGACUGUAAUCAUGCUUCAGACUGGCCUCUGCCAUGGUAAUGUAGAAUUUCCAUCCCUUGCUCAGGGCCGCCAGUGCACACCACCGCAUUGCUCGUCAGGGCAGGGAGACAGACUGAUAUUCGCUCGCAAUGGCGACAAUUACAUUGCGUUCUUGCCGCAACGGUUUACUGGCUAUUGUGACGGGCUAAGCACGAGGGGAUAUUUACGAUUUUAUUACAAGCGCUCAGUAAUGUUAGUGUACUCGGCAAAACCCCAUGAGCGCAAGUGGUAACGUUUCACUCAGCCUACUUAAUGGAGCGAUGAUUUCUGUGCUUAAAGUUCCAUUGCCUGGCUCCGGUUUGUUACCUUAUUUUACAAACUGGAACAUGCGCUUUCUACUGUGAAACAUAUUACUCUGCUGCUUUGCAGACCCUAGUUAGCCCCUUUAUAACAACACUGAGCGUAAUAGCUUCCUAUCUUCUGGAUAAACAAUUUCGUGGGGAGGGCUUCAUUUUACAUUUGGUUCGAUAAUGUAGUGUACCAUUCUGUUAACGUUUAAAAAUAGCAUUGAAGUAAGUUUUACACCCUACUUUGAUAGGUCAUUAACAAUCAGGUUAAUGCAAAAACUGAAUACGUUAAAUAACGUAUCGACUGUUGUAAUGGAGAUAUUAUGUGCCUUUUUUCCUGCAGACUCUGUAGCCAUCCCCAAGUAGGGUAGCGAUGUUUUUUGCGCGACCGAUUUAAAUCGUAAGUUUUUCAUUGACUUUACGCAGAGCUGUCGGCCAAAACAUUGCCUGGUUUGUAGCUUUGUUUUGCUUUACCUAUAAGGACAAUAUUAAGUCCCCAUUAUAUCAAUCACACUGUCUCUUGCACUUAACGCUUAAGUUAAGUGACGCUAGGUUUAACUUGAAAGCAAUCUUAUUUGUGUGUAGGCUGUGCCUAUAUUAGUGGAUGUAUUUUGCAAUUAUUUAAAACUUAUUUCGGACAUACGAAAGCUGAGCAAACGUGAGAGGCGUUUGCUUGUCUGUGCUUUACUGUUCUUGCCAACCCUAAUAGCAACUUUGUAAGUGGUUCACACACACAGCCAGAUUAGGGCCAUAAAAAAUAUACUUACAUUUUUGGUUCUAAGAAAUCAUGGAGCACAUUUUUCUAUAAACUGGAACAAAUUAUAGGUGAAAGGGAGAUGAAUAUCAAUGAUAGGUUUUUCCCCUUCUGGCAACAAAACAGGUGUUAAAAUGUAAAAACACCAAACGGAAACCUUUUCCAAGGAAUCAUGUCUGCAUUAACCAUAAUGCUUGUGGUCAGAAUGCAAACAAAAAACACUGAUAGUAUAUGCAUUGUCCUUUAAAUUGAUUGGUCCACAAGGUUUUGUGUUUUAACAUCUUAAGACCUGUUUUGCCAGAAAAAAGGGGGAAAACCCUAUUAUCAUAUUUUGGUACUGGGAAAGGAGGUCCCAUGAUGAAUAUCAAUAUUUUUUAUUGUCAAUUAAAAUAAAACGCACCUUUUGAGCCAUGUUUUAAAAUAUAUAAAAAUGUAAGAUAUAAUUUUAAAAUGAUUAACACACCAUCCCAACGUGGGAAAAUUUAAAUGAUUAAAUAUAUACAAAUUUCCCUUGUGACUUCUUGGCAUACUAUAUACAUAUAAAGAUAUGAAAAUCACCAGUGCCUCAGGACCUAGACUUAUGUUUUUUAUGGCCUUAGUGUAAUCUAUUGGAGAUGUCCACGUGGCUGCAUUGUUCCUCGUCAUUGUUGGUAGUCGAGGGAUCAGGGCCUUGCUACUGUUUUAAAUCACGCUCCUUGUCAAGUCCAAAAGCCGUUCAAUUGGUAGUCCAAGUAUUUCGCACCGUCAGAAGCCAUAACAUAACAUGCUUUUAGUGUGUCUCUACAAUGCAAAGUGAAGCACUCGUAACAAUAAUUUUGUUACAUUUUUUUUACAUUGCAGCACUAAUGUGCAUUCAUUAAAAAUAUAGAACAAAACAGUUCAAACCCACAGGAGGUGGGGCUCAUGUUAAGAGUUCAUUUAAAAUCCCAGGUGUGUGCUUGUAUGUGAUGCUUUUACCUGCUUGCGUGUGCUUCGCGCAACUAAUCGUGGUGUCUGUUGCACAUGUUCCCGGUGAAACCUGGCCAAUGAGCUUGGCACUGCGGCACUGAAAACAAACUGAAAACUCGCGGCCGCUUGGGAGAGCCAUCGACGAGCUGCAAAAAGCCAACGUUGGCUAAACCUGUGCAGCAUCUUCGAAAUGGCUCUUUUAAUUCAUUUCCUGUUGUGCAAAUGCAUUUUUUUUCCUCGCUCUCCCCAGAUUAAAUAAUGUUUUGACAAGUAGAUAAUGCCAUAAGAGAGUGUGGGCUUCUUCCAGCAUGUGAACUCGAGUGGGGGCUGUGGGCAGGUGGCAGGGGGGGGGGGGGGUAGCAUUUGCGUAUAAACUUCGUUUUUGCAGCUGUCCUUUGGCUCGCGUGCGCAUGUGUUGCGAAGCCCAAGGCGGAAGGUUGCCGUUGCUGCACAGUUGCUUGGUACACCAUUGCUGUUUUUGGCAUCGGCUCCACCGCCAAACGACACACGAUGGGGUCGCGGCGACGGGAACGGUGCGCGGGAGGGAGGAAAGUUUAAAAAAAUGCCCUCUCCAAGGUUGCACUUUUGCCACUCGGUACGACGGAGCGGCGUCACUCGCCCUCUCCUCACACGGCUGCGCCAAGUCAUUAUUUUCAUACGACAGGUUCCCACGACAGCUCGAUUGGCUGCAGACCAUAUGCAUAAUGAGAAAAAAUGUUUUAAAGAUGCAUACAAGCGAGCGGCACUUCAUUGUUUCCGAGGGCAAAAUGUAGUUGUCAAUUUUAGCCCUUGUGACCUCCCCACCCACUCCCCGAUUGUAGAUGGUGAGCUGCCCUUGAUUAUAGUGAUAUCCUGCCAUUGAUUUCUCUUUAGGGCUACAGCCGGUGCUGGACCUCGAUGUCAAUGUCCACCGGUCCAUAGCUGCACUGAACAGCUGCGUUCACCCCCACUCCACACGGGUGGCUUGCACAGCUGCCAGCCCAGUACCAGACUCGAAUUGCUUCACCCGAGCCGUUACACUUCCUAUAUGGUCUCUCCCACCCUGACUCUCGCCGUCUCAUCUACCUUGGUGGAACGUGUUUAAGCAUAUUUCUGCACAUUAUUUUCAUUCUUGAGGUAUUUAUGAAUUCGGUUAAGUUAAAUCUUGACUUAAAGCAUUCGUGACUGCAGGAAUACAUAUUAUAUGGGUUUUUCGGUAAAGCCACGUAGAUAGAAAAAUACAAAUCACGACGUUUCGAUCGCAUCACAAGCAAUCGUCUUGAAGACAUGUUGCGCUCGUGAUAUUUGUAUUAUUUUUCUAUCUACGUGGCUUUACUGAAAGACCCAUAGAAUAAGGUUAAGUUAAUUUGCGAUGCUUAAUUUUUUUUACACCUUUCCAUUUCGACUGAGUUUCAACAGUAGGCUGUAAUCAAGUUAAGUUAUUUGUAUGCAUACAAUUUAUCAAAACAAAUUGUAGGAAUGUGUUUACAGCUGUGUAGGUUCAAUGUUUUGUUGUAAUAGUUUAAAUGUUGGUAUUUAUGUUGUAAAGCAUAUAUAAUUUUAAUAAUCAUGCAUUACUUUUAAGUUGAUACUACUAACGUACCAUAAGAUAUCCCUAUAUUUCAGAAUUUGAUAAGGAACUUUUAUCCCUUUCAAAAAGUUGAAUUAAGAAUAAACAUUGAAAACUUUGAAAACUUGUGUAAUAAAGUCCUGCAUUAAAACCCUGUAAAAUGCCACAAAUUUCCACAUGUUGUCUUGGAAGUAAAAAAAACCUUGCAAUAUC